AAUCCCACGUUUUCGAAGACUGUUCGACUGUCACCACUCGCAGCGCAGCUCUUUCCAAAACAACCGUGAAAACGUGUUUGCGAUUCGUUCCUGAUCGCUCAGGAAAAUCGCUAGAAAUCCCCUUCAAAAAUGGCUUUGAAAGCGUUAAAAUGUCGUUCCUCCAAGCGGCAGAAGGCCUCGCUGCGCUACAAGAAGAUCAAGAAGAUCGCCGCUAGCAAAAGGAAGAAGGAGAAGGAAGCGAAGAAGCUGCCCAAGUUGCGGUCCAAAAAGCAGAAGCUGAUCCAGGUGCCAAAUGUUUGUCCCUUCAAGCGGGAGAUUCUGGAGGAGGUGGCCGAGCACAAGCAGUUCCAGGAGCGUGAAAAGGAACGCAAGAAGGAACUGCAGAAGCAACACCGGCAAUUGGCGAUGGAAGGGCAAACGAUGGAAUCGAUGGCCGCGGAUGCCCAGAAGCGAGGACAAGAAUUUGAUCCGAGUAAAGCGGAGGCAGUGGAGGAAGAGUACGUCAAUGUGGGACGGGGAAAGGAUUGGUCCCUGAAGGCGUACUUCAAAGAGUUCAAGAAGGUGAUUGACGCUGCGGAUGUAAUCUUGGAGGUGGUCGAUGCUCGGGAUCCGCUGGGGACGAGAUGCGCUGAAGUGGCCCAAAUAGUGCGGGAAGCACCCGGGCAGAAACGAUUGGUUCUCAUUCUGAACAAGGCAGAUUUGGUUCCAAGGGACAACUUGGAAAAGUGGAUGAAGUAUUUGCGCAAAAGUGGCCCGGUUAUUCCGUUUAAGGCCACCACUCAGACACAGAAGCAUCGGAUCGGAAACAGGAAGUUUAAGGCCACGACCACGUUGGAAUGCUCGCCUUGUAUCGGAGCUGAUUUGCUGAAGGAGCUGUUGGCCAACUACUGCCGCAGCGAUGAUAUUCGGACGUCCAUUCGGGUGGGAAUCGUAGGUCUUCCAAAUGUAGGCAAGAGUUCACUGGUCAAUUCCUUAAAGCGUAAAAGAGCUUGUCUGGUUGGAGCAAGGCCCGGCAUCACUAAGCAGAUGCAGGAAGUUCAAAUCGAUUCACAUGUAAAGCUUCUGGACAGUCCUGGAAUCAUUUUUCAGCGCCCCAAGGACGAAGACCGGAAUCGAUUCUUUGCCUUGAGGAACGCCCAGAAAGUGACGGAAAUCGAGGAUCCAUUCCCUCUGGCCGACGACAUCUUGAAGCGUGGAACUAUGAGCUACUUCUGCAAGUUGUACGACAUUUCAGAGUUCCAUUCGACGGAUGAGUUCUUGGCGAAGAAGGCCAUCAAAAUGGGUGCCCUGGCGAAGAAAGGCGUUCCAGACGUGAAGAAAGCCGCUCGGACCCUGAUCGAAGACUGGAACUGCGGAAAGAUCAAGUACUGCACGCAUCCUCCUGAAGAAGGCGACGAAGUCCAUUUGAGUGCCCAGCUCGUGUCCUCCGACGCCCCAGAAUUCAAUCUAGAAAGCUUCGACAACGUUCUGAAGGCCCUCGACACCGAGUACGAGGAAAGCUUCAAAAUGAAGGACAAAGACGGCGAAGAAAUGGCCGUCAUUUCCAAGGACGAAAUCCUCACGAUGGAACUGGAUUCGCAAGGACCGGUCAACAUGGAACUUUCGGCGGACGACCAGAAGAACAAAGCGCUGGAAAAGCUGAUCAGUAAUUCCGGUCGGAUUAUCGAACAGGACACCGAUAGCCAAACUCCGGCCAAGGGCAAGAAGCGUAAGGUGAACGAUUACGCCGAAGAGGAGAAGAAGUUCCGGAAGGAUCCCAUGUUCCAGAUCGAGGGCAACCAGACGGUGAACAAGAGCCGAAAGGCGGCGCUGAAGGCCAAGAAGAAGGCUUCGGCCCGGGAUGGGAAGAAAAUGGCAGAUGUGGCGGAUGAGAUGGAAUCGAUUUCGCUGACGGGAGCGGCCAAGAAGAAGAAAGUCGGAGGGGAUGAUUACGACUUCGAUGAGAUGAUGUAAAUGUGGCGGAAGGUAAUUCUAUCAGAUAGCGAUUAGGAAUGUAAUGAACCAUUUUUGAACUUACAA